AUGGCUAGCCAGGGUACCGACGAGGUACACAAAGCCAAGCCGGCCCUGGUAGGUGACGGAGAGCCGGACACAGGGGUCCCCCGAUUCAUGCCCGGAUCCACUUUUGGGUUCCAGGGACACUGUGGAGCAGCACGGCGACCAAGCCGUAGGCCCACACCCAGGCACCACCAGCAUGGGAGACAAGACAUCAAGGACAUUCUCAGGCUGCCCUUGCCAAGAAAGCUGUGGCUGAUAGUGCAGGAUGACGCCUUCACGUCUGUGCACUGGAACGACCAUGGAGAUGCUGUGAUCAACAAGCAAGACCUCUUCCAGAGGGAGAUCCCUCACCGGAGUGGCUCGGACAGAAUUUUUGAAACGGACAGCCUGACGACUUCCAUCCGCCAAAUGAACCUGUGUGGGUUCAGCAAAAUACGCCCCGACGACCCUUGUGCGUGCUCUCCAGGGAACAAGAGGAUGAUGAGAGACAAGCCUCUGCUGGUGGAGAAUAUGGUCCAGAGAAGAGGUUACCUGAGGAGCGCCACCCAGGCAGGGAGAUGCGCCGCAGCUCCAGAAAAGCCGGUAGCCACUGUAAGAAGCUGUCUGUGCGUCUGCGGCAGGGAGUCCGCCAGAGCAGCCUGUGCAGAAGCCCAGCACAAAGGCCCAAGUGCUCAGGGGCCCGGCACCAGCCACUCUCCUACCUUCCCUGGCGCCUGGUCUAUGCACACUGCAGCCCGCUGUCCCACGCACAGUUGCUCCCCUAGGGAGCCACAGGGCCCAAGCUGGGAGAGCAUGUCCAGGAAUGGGAUGUGUGCCCCCGGCCACUGCUGGAAGCAACAGCGCAGGGGAGCCGCCCAGCAGCCCCCCAGCUGA